GCAUGCACACUUGUAGUUCAGAGCUAUUGGUUCAUGAAGUGAACUGUUUAGCUCUUCAGUUCAACACAGGGGUCAAUGGUGUCUUCUCGCAGGAUAAUCUUAUUUUGUGAAGACUUUUUCAUCUUAUAUCAAGGGUUUAAGGAAAUGCACAGAAGAUUGAUUCACUGCAUUAGGGGUCUGUCCUGAAUGUGUUCAGCAGUCAACGGUGUACUUCCCCUGAGGAUCAGUGAGGGGCUGGCAAACAAUAGAAGACCGUAUGGGGAGUUGUCUAUGUCUACCAAUGUCACUGGAUUGCGGGCACACCGUUCUCCCCAGAAUUUGGAGAUGGACUUGGCCUGGCAGGAACUGAUGGCCAUAACAGAUCUUCAGGAGUUUGAAGUGCCCAAUGAGAAUCCCUUUGAAGCAGUUCCAUACCUCUCCAUGGAGCCCAUGGUUUCUCAAGGGGGAUUUGGGAUGGUUCAACCUCAGGCAGAACCCAUUCCAGGAACGUCCGAUGCCCAUCCCGCGGUGGCUUACGAAAACUCGUACCCUGAAAUGAUGCCACCUUAUCAACGUCUGAAUCAACACAUGGAUAUGCACUAUGGACUCCCCGGUGGCCAUGUUUCAUCCCGAAUGUUCACGAACACACAAGCUCUUCAUCCGCCUCUCAUGAGUUUUUUGGAGCAUAUGAAUUUGACAACACGCAGCCAUGGGGUUGUUGGACAAAUUAAACAAGCCGAUGAUCUAGAAUCAGAUUCCGGGUUGUCGCUUGGUUCGAGUCCACCACUAGCCUCCCCGGAAAACAUACAUGGAGUACCUACUUACCUUCCUACAGAUGGAAUAAUGUGCUACGCUGAAAAUGAAAGCAUGGGGGAACAGUGUCGCGUGAGGCCUCACCUGCUUGGGUCUGUUGACUACGAGCAGUCCCACAGCUAUUUUCCCAGAGCUUCAUUUUCCACAUCCGCAAAUAUACAACCUGUUACCCACCAAGGCCAAGCUCACCAGCCAAUGGUAACAAUCACGCAACCGAUUUUACCCUCAGCCAUGCAUGACCUUCCGCUAAACGGAUCAAGUAUAUCUAGAGCGGGUUCAUAUCAGCCUCCUUACCCUAAGCCAAAAGUUAGCAGCAUCUCUACACCUAUGAGCAGAGAUGAGCGGCGAGCCUUCACUCUAAAAAUCCCAUUCUCUCUAGACAAGAUUGUGAACUUACCAGUGGAUGACUUCAAUGAGCUGUUGACCCAGUUUACACUAAACGAUGCACAGUUAGCACUUGUUAGGGACAUUCGCCGCAGAGGAAAAAAUAAGGUUGCAGCUCAGAACUGCCGCAAACGGAAGUUGGAGAAUAUUGUGUUUUUAGAGAGCGAGUUGGGACAGCUUAAAGGCCAAAGAGAGCAUUUAACCAGAGAGAGACUGGAGUUUCAGCAAAACAUAGCCAUUAUCAAAUGCCAUAUGUCAGAUCUUUACACCAAAGUGUUUUCACAGCUGCGGGAUGAGGAAGGGCAGCCUUACUCGCUGGAUGAAUACUCAUUAGAACAGACUAAAGACGGCAAUAUUUAUUUGGUACCACGAAACAGCGCUGGAGAGUAAAUGAGCUUUGUGUCCAAUGAAAGGUUCAAGAGUGUUUUAAUAUGUAACUUGAAGGGAUAGUUCACCCACAAAUAAAAGUCAUUAUUUGUAUACCCACUUGUU